AUGGCGACACGACGAACGACAACGCGCAUAGACGUCCCCAUCACAGCCAACGGCAACGCCAACGCCAACUCCAAACAAUCCCAACCGGACCUCGACGCUCCACCACCAACAGGCUCGCCCUUCCUACCCACCACCCUCGAAGCAGCCCUCCUCGCACUCUACCCAGGCACCCUGCUCCUCGGCUCCCUCUUCAGCACCCUCCACCCCGCCAGCCGCAACGCAACAUACCUACCAUACGCCCAGUCCUACGAUCCUCGCGAUGCACCCAGCUACUUCGCCAAAAAGAGCAACAUCUUCAACGUCUACUUUGUCAAAAUCGGCUGGAUCUGGAUAACAGCCGCCUUCUUCCUCUUCACUCUCACACAUUCCUCGCUGGGACCAACACUACGCCCACAACCCACAAGACGGCGUCUGCAAGCCGGAGCACGAUACGCCUGCAUAACACUCGCUUGGUUCUUCGUCACGCAGUGGUUCUUCGGUCCGGGGAUUGUCGAUCGGAGUUUCAGGUGGACAGGUGGGAAGUGUCAGCAGGUUGCGUACGAAGAUGCAGAGGAUCUGGCGAGGAAAGUGGAAGCCGGAGAUGUGAAGGAUGUCAUCACGCACGCUGCUUGUAAGGCUAUCGGCGGGCAGUGGAGAGGCGGACACGACAUAAGUGGGCAUGUCUUCCUGCUCAUUGUGGGGAGCGCGAUGUUGUGGCUGGAGCUUCUCCCUGCAGUACUACGAAUGGAAGGCUUGAGAGAAGCUCGGAGGAUAUUCACGGCAGAUGGUCUCAUCAGGAGGGUCACGGUAGAGUCUGAUGAGCCUGCGUCAAGCGCUAAGACACCUCGGGAUAUGGGUGUAGGAAUACAGGCUGCUUUGGGAGUUGCCGCCUUGAGCUGGUGGAUGCUGCUUAUGACGGCCGCUUACUUUCACACAUGGUUCGAGAAGUUGACGGGAUUGCUUGUUGCAUUCACUGCGAUAUAUGUCGUCUACUUUCUGCCGCGCGGAGUACCUGCUCUACGGCAGGCUUUAGGUAUGCCCGGGGUGUGA